AUGGGCACAGAAUUGGAUGAUUUACGGGCAGAGGCGAUCCGGCUUGAAGCCGAACUCGAAAAGACAAGAGAUUUGAAUAGACAGGCAGCCGCCGCGGGUCUACAAUUGCUCACCGAAAAAGAGGAGUUGACGAGUAAAGUGAAUGUGCUUCAACAAGAGCUUGAGACGGCAAAACACGAGAUCGAUGUCCUGGCAAAGACUCUUGAGGAGUUCCAAUCGAAACACAAAGCCGCCGCCAAAUCCGACCUUCUCAACGAGGAGGCUUUAUUGGCUGAAACGAGUGCAAAAGAAAGAGAAUAUCAAGAAAGAAUUAAUACAUUGGAAGAUGAAUACAGACAAAAGACAAAGGCUGCUUUGGAGGAGAAUGAGAAGUUGAAGGCGAUCGCCGUCAAUCAAAUGGAAGAAGCCCUAUUAACAGCACAACAAGAACGUGAACAACGUUUAGCGAUGAAGAGAGAAUUGGAAGCGGCGAAAAACGCGGAACACAUGAGCAGUCUAAACGAUCUGAUGCUCGGUUUUCAGAGAAUGGGAAAUGAUGGAGGAAAUGAGGACGAGCAAUUCAAUCAGCCGGCAGCUGGAGGGGAUUUAUUCUCGGAGCUGCAAGGAUCCACUGAUUCACGGGUGAAAGAACUCGAAACGAUGAAGGAUCGUUUGGAAGAAGAAGUGAAAACAGCUGAAAAGACGACAGUCGAGCUCGUGAAAGCGCUCAGCCAGAAGCUCAAUCUUACACAAAUCCAAGAAUUAGAUUUCAAACACGCAAGACAACAAAAGGAGAUUGUAUUGGAGAGAUUGGACACAUUGUUAAAGCAAGGAGCUGGUCCGGAUGCUGACAAAAAAACUCAGGCAUUGAAAGGAGAUCUUCGGAGUCUUCUCUUGCUAGCUGGUGAGCGGAAUGCCCAGCUAGCAGCCGCACAAGACAUGAUGAUUUCUAUUUCUGAUUCACUUUAUCAAUUCUAUCAUCAAUUAGCACAAAGUGCUGGGAUACCAAAUGAUCGUCAAGUUGUGGAUAUCAUGAAAAGAUUGAGGCAAUUAGCGAAAGAGAAUGCUGAACAAGUGCCACACGUGAGUCUAGCGGAUGAAGGUUUAGAGAGUGGAACGGAAACAGAUCAAGGUGGAAGGACAUCCAUUCCGUUCAAUGCGGCUAGAUCUGUGCUAAAUCCGUCAUUUAUUCGAGAAGUUGACGGGAAAUUGGGAAACAAGGUGGCACAGAUUGUUCAAGAGGGCGAUUUGAGGCAGAGGAUUGUGCACGAUGAGCGGGCACCGAUUGUCGAGACGUCGGAGAGUGUGGCAAAGAUUGUGGCAGCGGUGAAGAGGAUUGCGGAACAGACAAUGAAUACAAGAGUCGAAGCAUCGGGACAAGAGACUGAGGAAGUGCUGCUGCAGAAUAUCAAGCUGCGAUCGUUGCUCUCCACGAAGAGAGAUCAAAUCUCCACCCUCCGCACAGUGCUUAAAUCAAACAAAAUCACCGCCGAGACGGCGUUGAAUAGUUUGAGAGAAAAAUACGAAAGUGAGAAAAGAUUAUCGCAUGAUUUGAUGGAAAAACAAAGGAGGGAAUUGAAACAAUUAAAGGAAGACGCAGCCACUUUCGCUGCUCAUAGAGCUUGUUUUACGGCUAGAUGUGAGGAAUUGCAGGCACAGGUCGAUGAGCUAAAAGCCGAGAAUAAAGCUAUCGAUGAAGAGAAGAAAACUUUAAAUCAACUACUCCGAAUGGCGAUUCAACAAAAAUUGGCGCUCACCCAGCGUUUAGAAGAUGUCGAAGUGGAUAGGGAUAGAGCGAAUUUUGGGAGACAACAACGGGCGCAACGACAACCGCCAUUGAGGGGAGAGGCUCCCAGGGCUGUCAGGUACCCUGGUGGAAGUGGUGGUGGAGCGGGUGGAAUAAGUCGUGGAGGGCUCAAAAGGGAUCAUCCGGCUGUU